CAACCACAACCACAACCAGAAGUAUUUCAACAUGUUCCUCAACAACCAUUUGAUUAUGCUAAAUAUCGUCGUGAUAUUGAACAACAACAACGUGUACUUGAACAACAUUAUCAAAAAAUGCAAAAUAUUCAACCUCAACCAGAACGUACAUCUGAAGCAGAAUUUUAUCUUGGUUCUGGACGUCGUGCAUUAAUUGAACGUGAAAUUCAUUCAAUGCGUGAAUCAAUACGUCCACAUGAACAUGCUCCACCACGUUAUAAACAUGAACCUGCACGUCGUUCAUUAUCAAUAAGUUAUACAGGUGGACAACGUUAUGUACGUGCACGUAUUAUUCAUGUUAAAGAUUUCUUUGAAGCAAAUCAACAAGAACAACCACCACAACCUGCAAAAGAACAAGAAUUAUUUGUUCGUGUUGAUGAUUAUAUUAAUGAAUCAGCAGCAAAUGCUUUACGUCGUGCAUAUUCUACUGAUUAUUUACAAGAAGAUGGACCACGUUCAAGAAUUCAAUAUAUGCGUAUACCAGGAGAAACAAUAAAAAUUGAAGAAAAAACAACAUAUGAAUAUCAAGGUGUUAUGUAUGCUGAUUUACCAUAUUCAUUAAAAUAUUGGAAUAUACUUCAUCUUCUUGAUUGUGAAGCUCGUCAAGGUCGUCCACUUGGUUCAACAUUACCACAUGUUAUUGUUAAUGAUCCAUAUCGAACAGUGAUACCACCAUUAACACAACAAGAAAUUUGUCAAACAGCACAACAAGUUUUAUUAUCACAACCUUAUCCACGAUCACAUACAGAUAAAACAUUACGUUGGUUUUUAUCACGUGAUAAACGUACUGAAAUUGAAACUGCUAAAUAUUUACGAGCAUUAAAUCAUUAUCGUCGACAACAACAACAACAACAACAACGAUUACAACAGCAACAAUAUGAACAACAACUACUGCAGCAACAACAAUAUGAACAACAAUCUCUACAACAACAACAAUAUGCACAACAACAACAAUAUGAACAACAAUUAUUGAAACAACAACAAUAUGAACAACAAUUACUGCAACAACAACAAUAUCAUCAACAAUUACAACAGCAACAAUAUCAACAACAAUAUGAGCAACAAUUACUACAACAACAAUGUGUACAACAACAACAACAACAA